AUGAUUUACAGCUGCUAAGUCAUUCGAAAACACUUUCUGUUGAAUUAGACAUAUAGGUUGUAGAUCCAGGAGGAGAAAUUAUUAAUUGGAUUAGAAGAUCGGCCAGCAAAGUAUGAGCUGGAUAUAAAUUUGCAAAAUAAAAUAAGCUGGAAAGUCAGUGAUCAGGGCAUAAUUUAGGCAUUUGGUAUAAAGUAUCAAAAUUCUUGCAAAUGGUUUUAUGGGUAACCUUCUGAUUUGUUACAAAUAAAAUCCAUUCUUAAUAAUCGAAUAUUUUUUCACAGCAUAUCCAACUUUUAUACUUCAAACGAAUAAAUAGGUUCCGGUGCUUCAUGCAAAGUACUUCUGAUAUCAGAUAUAUAAACAAAAUAAAAAUAUGCAGCCAAAUGCAUAAGCAAAGAUUAUAUAACAAAAAAAAAAACACCUGACAGACUGAAUAGACUAUUUAAUGAGAUUAAUAUAUUGAGAUCAAUUCAGAAUCACAAAAAUAUUGUUAAAUUGAUUGAUAUAUUUGAAGGGGAGUAAACUUAUUAUCUCGUUUUUGAAUAUUUAGAAGGUGAAACUUUGCAUAGAUUUUUAAAAUUAUAAACUGAUCUCAUCCCAGAUAUUUCUAUAAGGAUUAUAUUGCUGUAACUAUUACAUGGUAUCAAUUCAUUACAUUCUGAGAAUUACAUCCAUCGAGACAUUAAAUUAGAAAAUAUUGUACUUAGUAAGCCUAGUGUUAUUAGUUCUCUUAAACUAAUCGAUUUUGGCUUGGCAAUUUCAAAUACCCAACCUGUUUCCUUUGCUGUUUGUGGCACACCAGGUUAUAUUGCUCCAGAGAUUUUGCAACAUGACGAAAGCAAACAAGGGUAGAAGUUUAAGUUUACCUUCAAAGUAGACAUGUUUGGAAUCGGAGUCAUCCUCUAUAGAUUAAUGAAUAGAUAACCAUUAUUUGAAUCUGACAAAACUAAAGAUUUGCUAUAAUAAAAUAAAAAAUGCCAUUUUACCAAAAACUAUCAUAAUUUCUAUACUAAUGCCCUUAACCAAGUCUUAUUUGGACUCUUAGAGGUUAAUCCAAAUAAGCGUCUGUCAUCAGAAGAGGCUAUUCAAUUUCUUACUUCAUAAUAAAUUUCAAAAGAAAUAGGAGGAUCUUUCGCAACCACUAAAAGUCAUUAAAAUGAGGCUGAUGAAUUUGAAGUCGAAUAAACGAUGGAUCAUGCAAAUCAGCCUUACCCAUUCUCUGCAAAAAUACUAAAACAAGAACUAGAAAACAGUUAUCAUUAAAACGAUGAUAAUAGACUACUCACUUCUAUGCAAAGAUCUUAUUACCCUUCUUUCAGCCUGAAUUUAAGCUGUGAUUUGAUUGAUAGUUUUACUUAAUAAAUCUCUAUGCGUAAUGCAUUAAUUGAAGAUGAGAUAAUUGAAUCAGAUAUAAAAUAAAAAUAAAAGUAGAAGUGA